AGAGGUUAAUCAUGUGGCGCAUAGAGAAUAAAGCAUGAUUUAGUAUAAAAUUAAACUGAGUAAAUUUCAAGUUUUGCAACACAGGAAGAAAAUAAAGAGCACAGCUUGAAGCACACCACCCUCUCUGUCAGUAAUGAGACGCCAGUCUGUAGCCGGUUGGCAUAAGGAGGCGACCAAACACUGAGAGCUCAUUUGGAGAGUGGAAAAAAACACACGAAAUGUCAUUUAAAACGCCUUCAUUGCUGUCUGGAGAUGUCGACAACCUUCGGAAAAGAUCAGUGGCUGAACCAACAGAAAACUGUUGCGAUCCUGAGCAUCAUCAGCAGUUCGCACGGCUGCAGAUCCAGCCUCAGAGGCUGUUUGUUGGGCCCCAUUAUCCAGAUGUGGGAUCGCUGGCGACACCCUCCCCCGACGGUUCUGUUCAUCACUUCUGCCAGUUCACGCCAAAAUGCCUGCUUGCUGUCUCCAGAGGAACACAUGGGAACUCUCCCCCAAGGCAUGGAGAGGAAGGAUGGCAUGAUGGCACCCCGAGGACAACCAUCAGAGUCGACAAUGAGGUGGAAGCACACAGAGAGGCUAACAACUACAAGUUUGGAUUUAGAAAAUGGAAGGGUAACGUGACGGAGAAACCAAUCGAAGACCGAUCUGACAUCGACAAAGAACUGCACACCGACCUCAGCAUUGUCAAGAACACUGAAGCUCCAGUGGUCACCUUUGGAAACAUAGUGUAUGUGUUUUUAUUUGGCUGGUGGAUCUCCUUAAUCUACCUGCUCAUUUGUCCUGUGAUGUUUCUGACUGUCUUUGGUGUCCCUUAUGGUAAAGUCUGUUUAAAGUUGGCCCGGUAUAUAAUUUGGCCAUUUGGAAAAUCCGUACAGAGGGCUUGUCGUUUAGUUGACAUGUCUGCCGUGAAGCCGACAAACUGUGACAUUGUUCCACAAGAGCACAAGGAUCUGGUUGGGGAUAAGGACUGCACACCUCUUCUGGUGUCCUCCCCCCUUCCUGUUGAGAUCCCCGUUCCAACUCUUCCUCCAAGAAAAACCACCAAGCACUGGUGCCGGGUCAGCACUUUCCUUUGGUUGUUGCUGGGUUACCCUGUACUGGCUGUGGUCCAUUGCCUGGCAUUCGUCCUGUCCUGGCUUCCAGUCUUCACCAUCCCCAUUGCAAAGAUGAACAGCCGCAUCCUAACCACUGUUCUCCUCAUGGCACCGGAGGACAUCGAGAUCCUUUCACUGGACAAGAAGGAUGUGUGUGAGACAAGAGUGGUCUUGUACUGUUAUGAGGCCUUCAAUGUGUAUUACUACAAAUACUCAGUCCAAGGGAUCAACAUUUUUGCUCUCAACUUGUUACCUUUGGUAUUUGUGACUUUAAUUGCUGGCUACACUGACCGAGAGCAUGAAUACUUCAGUACAGAGACCAUGUUUACAAUAGCCAUCGUGUCCAUAAUUCCCCUGUCCUACUAUAUUGGCAUGGGAAUUGCAAGCAUUUCUGCACAGAGUAACUUCGCAGUGGGGGCAGUAGUCAACGCCACGUUUGGUUCCAUCACAGAGAUGACCUUCUACAUCACGGCGCUGGUUCGGGGGCAUCGCGCCGGCAGUAAUUGUUACGAGGAGAUCGUCAAAUCUGCACUGGCUGGCACUCUGAUUGGGUGCAUUCUGUUCAUACCUGGUAUCUGUAUGACUAUUGGAGGAAUCAAACACAGUGAGCAGAGAUUUAACAGUCGCUCAGCCGGAGUGAGCUCAGCUUUGCUCUUCAUAUCCAUUGGAGGUGUGUUUGCACCCACCCUUUUCUCAAAGACCUUUGGCAACCUGGUGUGUGAAAACUGCUCCAGCGCUCCUGGUAAUGGCACCGUACCAUUCACCUGCAAGGACUGCCACUAUGAAAUGACUACGGCUGACCCACAUUUAAUUCUAUCCUAUAUUGAGCCUCUGGUGUACACCAUUUCCAUCCUGCUGCCUGCUUCCUAUCUGAUCGGGCUCAUCUUCACACUCAAGACCCAUGCACACAUUUAUGAUAUCCAUGUCAGCGACGGUCAUGGGGGACAAGCACACGGUCAGUAUGCACAGGAGGGUACCAACACCAACAAUCCCACUGGUGAGGUCGCAGCUGCCCAUCUGGUUCCUACCAACGUGUGUAUUAAUGCCAGCCUUACUGCACCUAGCCGCAUUCCGACAGGUCAUCCUGUUGUCCACUGGUCCAGAUGGAAGGCUCUUGCAGUGCUGAUUUUUGCCACCGUGCUCAUGGCCUGCUGCGCGGAUCUUUGCACCGUCAACAUCGAGCCCAUCCUGAGUCAUUCCUCCAUUUCCCAGUACUUCAUCGGCGUCUCCGUAUUGGCAAUGGUGCCGGAGCUUCCUGAGAUUGUCAAUGGGAUCCAGUUUGCACUGCAAAACAAUAUCAGCUUGAGUCUUGAAGUAGGCAGUUGCAUUGCUGUGCAGGUUUGCAUGAUACAGAUUCCACUUCUUGUCCUGUUUAAUGCUUUCUACGAUGUGGGAUUUGUGCUUGUGUUCAGUGACAUUCAUCUUUGGGCCAGCAUCUUCAGCGUCAUCCUGGUCAACUACAUCUUCAUGGAUGGGAAGUGUGACUACUUUCAGGGUACAGCCCUAGUGGUGGUAUACUGCAUCGUUUUGGCCGUUUACUUCUUCGCUCCUUCUCCGCGCUCCUGCUAAUCUGCAAAGGAAAGAAUGCAUCUGUUAAGUUUUAUGCCAAAAGAUCACUGGUUUUUAAUUUUAAUGGGAUUUGGUUUCAGAGGCACAAAAACUGAGACAUGAUCUGAGUGUUUAAGUCGUCUUUUCUGACCUACAAUUGAUACUGCAUCGUUGGUUUUCUGAAGCAUUUCUCUAGUGCUUUUGCUUGAUAUUUGUGAAUCUUGACUAUUGAUGUAAACGUUUGGAAUGUGAUUAAAUAAAAUGUAAUAAACUCCUGAAUAAAAUGUUAA